AUGACGAUUACGAUUCCUACAUCGGAAGAGAAAGCGCUCAAGUUGAAAUUCGAGGAAAUUACGAAUCUGGAAAGCAACUAUCAAGCGAAAAACUUUUUGGUUGAGUUUGAUGGAAACACCUUCGGCGAGAAGAACCAAACUAUUCCGAUUGUCACUCCCUGGGACAAAGUUUCCAACUUUACCUUUAGCUACACUUGCAAUAAGUCCAAACUAAAGAAUGUCCAAGGAACGACAACCACUACUCUCGCCUUUGGUCCCUAUCAAGUGCAAUACGGAGCUGCGAUGGAGUCUAAAGCGCAGCCCUACUUUUCACGGGCAAUCGAUUGCACUCCCGUCUUCGGGGAAAUGGUCUGGAUCACUGUUAUCGCUAUGGUCGUUUUCACCAUCAUUCUGGCUUUCGGGCUGUACUUCGUCGUCUCUAUCGAAGUUCCAUCGCGUUUCGAAUCUACUCGAUCGAAGCCACUCAUCAUUCCCGAUAAUUAA